AUGGCCUGGCGCUUCAAGGCUUCCAAAUAUAAAAAUGCCGCGCCCAUUGUCCCCAAAGCGGAGGCAUGCGUCCGCGAGAUCUGUGUGGGCAGCUAUCAGACGUAUGGCAACAAUAUCGCCGCAUCGGCCGCCUUCAUGGCCUUCAAUUGGGAGCACACCGGAUCGAGUGUGGCCGUCCUGCCGCUGGACGAUUGCGGGCGCAAGAGCAAGACAAUGCCGCUGCUGCAUGGGCACACGGACACAGUGACAGAUCUGAAGUUUUCGCCAUUCCAUGACGGCCUGUUGGCCACCGCAUCGCAGGAUUGCCUGGUGAAAAUCUGGCAUAUACCAGAAAAGGGCCUGGAGCAGUCGCUCUCCGAUCCGGAGGCCGUCUUCUCACACAAACAGCGACGCGUGGAGACGGUGGGCUUCCAUCCGACGGCCGAUGGAAUGAUGUACUCGACAGCGGCCGGUUGCGUGGCCUUGUUCGAUCUGAGGAGCCAAAUAGAGAUAUUCUCCAACAAUGAGCAUCCCGAGGUGAUACAGUCGGCCAGUUGGCGCGAGGAUGGCACUGUCCUGGCCACCAGUUGCAAGGACAAGUGUGUGCGAAUAUUCGAUCCACGCGCCUCCGGCUCACCCCUCCAAAUGGUGGCUGAAUCGCAUCAGAGCAUCAAGGAUUCGCGAGUUGUCUGGCUGGGAGGGCAGCCGCGCAUCCUUACCACCGGCUUCGAUGCAGCUCGCCUGCGGCAGGUUAUCAUCCGGGAUAUCCGUAACUUUGGCACACCCGAAAAGACCCUCGAGCUGGACUGCUCGACGGGCAUACUGAUGCCACUGUUUGACCCCGACACGAACAUGCUCUUCCUUGCCGGUAAGGGGGACACCACCAUUAACUAUCUGGAGAUCACAGACAAGGAUCCCUACCUGAUCGAGGGACUGCGGCACACCGGCGAACAGACGAAGGGCGCUUGCCUGGUCCCCAAGCGGGCAUUGAGGGUGAUGGAGGCGGAGGUGAAUCGCGUACUCCAACUGACAUCCAAUAUGGUCAUUCCCAUCAUGUACCAAGUACCCAGAAAGACCUAUCGCGAUUUCCAUGCCGAUCUCUAUCCGGAGACCACGGGCUACAAAACGGAGCUGAUUGCCUGCGAGUGGCUGAAUGGGAGCAAUCUGGCGGUGCCCAAGAUGAAUCUGGACCCGGCAAAGCGGGAGUUUGGCGACGAGCCGAUAAUCAUCCAUCGGGGAAAUUUAAGCGAUUUUGUGAAGAAUCUGGAGAACCAGCGGGCCAAUGGCCAAGGCAAGGGCAAGGCCACCGGCCAGAAGAGCCAGACACAGAUACAGACACAGACACAAACCCCUAACCAGUCGGCCAAGCGAAACGACAACGAUCACUUUGUGAUGCUGAGCAAGGGCAACAAUUUCGAGGAGAAGAACGGCAACGACAACAGCAACCAGAACGGAGCCGGCCAGAAGAAGAGCUGCUCCCAGGCGCAGUCGCAGCCGGACGGAGAAUGCAGCGAGCUGAUACGUAAAUUUGAGGCCAAGUACAAGAUCGAUACCGAGAAGGAUGUACGUGCUGCAGGUGGCGAUGGCCAUGACGACGAAAAGGAGUCGCCCACCGAACAUUCGGCUGGCAGCAGCGAAGAGGCAUCCGCCAGUUCGUCGGGUGCCCUGGACACCCACUCGGCCAGCGGCAGCAACUCCCCGCCCAAGCCGAUGCCGCGCACAUCGCGCAACAACUCCCUGCCGGAGGCCAGCGAUUCGGCCGGCGAGAGUAGCAGCACCACAACCACGCCGCGGCCCAGGCCACGUACAACGGCAGCGACUGCCUACAAGCCCCGAUUGGGACCGAAGCCCUUCUCGAGCACCACGGGCGAUGUGUCCUUUGACAAAGUGUUUGCCGUACCCCUGGCACCCGGCUCCCAUGAGAACAUCUCGAACGUUGGCCAGGAGAGCGUGGGCAGCGGAGGCGUAAGCGGAGAGCCAGCAGCAGCAGCCCCAACUCACGUACAGGCGUCAGCCAAGCCGGAUCUGAUUGUGGAAAUUGAAAUCAAAAAGAAGAACGAACGGGAGACGGUUGCAUCUGCCGGCAAUGGAGUUCAAAAGUCACUGACUACAUCGGAGCGGCGCAAGUCCUCGGCUGACGAUGAUGAAUCAUCCGAUAAGAUUUUCGAACAAAACUCCGAGUCGUCGGAGAAUUCAACGGAGGGGGAAGACCGCACCGAUGCCGAUCUGCGGCGCUUCUCCUCGGCCCGGAGCAGCAUUGCUGAGCGUCGACGUCUCUACGAGAACCGCUCCAAGAGUCAGGUGGACGAGAAGGCCCAGUCGCCAGUGCCAUUGCGUCGCGAGCACUCCAAGGUGGAGCCGCUGAAGCCCAACCAGCAGCAGCAGCAACAGAGCACCUGCAUCGACAGCAAGCGGAUCUCGGUGCCUGAGGGUAAGCUCCUCGAAGAACAUCGUCAGCAACGGGGCAACAAUGGGGCGGCCAAUGCCGCUGGCCUCAAGAAAUCCGCCACGGAGGCUGCCUUCAGUGCCGCCUCGACCAAACGCACCUCGACCGUAUUCGGCAAGGUGUCCAAAUUCCGGCACCUGAAGGGCACGCCCGGCCACAAGUCCACCCACAUCGAGAACUUGCGCAACUUGAGCCGCCAGAUACCGGGCGAAUGCAAUGGCUUCCACGCCAAUCACGAGCGUGUGGCAGUGCCGCUGUCGGGGCCCGGCGGAAAGAUAGCGAUCUUUGAGCUGAGUCGCCCAGGCCGUCUGCCCGACGGUGUCAUUCCCUCGCUGGUGAAUGGCAGCAACAUCAUGGACUUCCAGUGGGAUCCGUUCGAUGCCCAGCGCCUGGCCGUCGCCUGUGACGAUGGCAUCGUCAAGCUGUGGCACAUAGCCGAAGGCGGCCUCAGCGAGCCAACAAACACGCCCGCCGGCGAACUGACCGCCCACCUCGACAAGAUCUACUUCAUCCGCUUCCACCCGCUGGCCGCCGACGUUUUGCUCACCGCCAGCUACGACAUGACCAUCAAGCUCUGGGACUUGCGCACCAUGACCGAGAAAUGCGCGCUGACGGGCCACUCGGACCAGAUAUUCGACUUUGCCUGGAGCCCAUGCGGCCGCCUGGGGGCCACCGUCUGCAAGGAUGGCAAGAUACGCGUCUACAAUCCACGCAAGUCGGAGAUGCCCAUACGCGAGGGCAACGGACCCGUGGGCACCCGAGGGGCUCGCAUCACCUGGGCCGUCGAGGGACAGUACAUUGUCUGCACUGGAUUCGAUAAGGUCUCGGAGCGACAGAUCAGCGUGUAUAAUGCCCAAAAAUUGACGGCACCUCUGAACACGGCCAGUCUGGAUGUGUCGCCAUCGAUACUGAUCCCCUUCUACGACGAGGACAGCUCCACACUGUUCGUCACGGGCAAGGGCGACUCGACCAUCUAUUGCUAUGAGAUCACCGACGAGGAGCCGUACAUCUGCCCGCUGUCGCAUCAUCGUUGCACAUCGCUGCACCAGGGCCUCAGCUUCCUCACCAAGAACCACUGCGAUGUGGCCAGCGUGGAAUUCUCCAAGGCCUACAGGCUGACCAACACGACCAUCGAGCCGCUCAGCUUCACAGUGCCACGGAUCAAGAGCGAGCUGUUCCAAGACGACCUCUUUCCACCCACGCGCAUCACCUGGAGCGCCACGCUCAGUGCCGAUGAUUGGUUUGCCAGCAACAAUGACAAGGCGGCUCCCAAAAUCAGCCUCAAGCCGGAGGGCAUGGAGACCCUGUCUUCAAUACAACAAGUGCCAGUGCAGCAUACAAAGAAAUCGUUGGAGCAGCACGCUCAACUUGGCCAAAAGUCAGAGUACGAGAUUAACAAACAGCAAGAGAUCCAGAAAUCGGUGAGUGCGCGCAUGGAGUACACCACAAAACUGGAGCAAGACGAUAUGGAGGGUGUGGACGAGAACGAGUGGCAGGAGUAGCAGCAACAGAAACAGCAACAGAAACGAGAUUGGGAGUAAUUUGACUAUAUAUGUAUUGACAGGACAUAAAGCGGCUUUACAGCGACAGCAGCAGCAGCAGCAGCAAACAGCAAAUAAAAUAACUCUCUCGUAGACAAGCCGAAAGCUAAAACUAAUCCACACAAACAUGGCCAUAAAAAGGUCCUCCAAUCCGUGCAGUAUAUGUAUGUACAUAUAUAUGUGUAUGUAUGUUGUAAAAGGGGAGGAAAGGACAGACUGUUCCGUUCCCUUGGGUUUCCUUUCCAUUCCUUAUCCUCAUCUCUCUCCUCGCCCUGCAGUUGCUCAAUAAUUGCCAAAUUACUGAUCGUAAGCAAUGUUUUUAUUCGGUUUAUUUCGGUUCGUUUUUUUUGUUUGUUUAAACUACAAAAUUUAUUUGUAAUUACCGAUGUGUUUAUUUUGUAUUUGUACGUGUGCUACAAUUACAAUAUUUAAGUAGUUAGUCCAAAAUUAGUUUAGCCCGUUCAAAUGACUUAUAAUUCAUAAUCAUUUACACUUAAUGGAAUCCCUCCUGAGUUCUCGCGUCCUUAAGUUUGUGUUUGUGUUUGUUUUUUAUGUUUUUAUGUGGCCAUAUACUAACGUAUUUUUAUAAGGACUCCUCUCCUCGAGUAUAUUUCUCCCUCUCUCUCUCUCUCUUUCUUAUGUAUGUAUGUGUAUGUGUAUGUGUGUGCGAACGAGAGGGUUUGUCUGUCUCUUUCUUUGUCAUUUUCUGUCUAGUCUUUGCUCCAUCGAUCCUCCUUAAACCAUUCCCCCACAGCCCCCCACAAAAAUACAACAUAUAGACUGUAACUGUAAUAAUUGCUGAUAAAGAUAUAAUGAUAAUGAUUAUGAUAAUGGAUACGUUUCAUAUGCGUAAAGACAAUUAAUUUAACAAACAAAAAAAAGAGAGAAAGAGAAACUAAAAUGACAAAAUCAAACAUUGUAAUCACAGAAUCAAAGAAAACGAUUAACGAACUCGAAAAUUGUACGAUUCCAAAAUGUAAUAAUAACGAAAAGACUUGAAGAACAGAUGAGCCAGAUAGAUAGUACCCAGAUAUUAGAGAUACAUACAGAUAUACUAUGUAUUGUGUACAUCAAUCUGGCCAUCUCCCUACCAUAUGAUUCACAAACAAACAAAAACGAGUUGCCAUAAACAUUUUGUGUGUAAUAUCCUUCGGAGGGGGAAGUAGGAAGGCAAUAGAAUUUUUGUACUUGCAAUAGAAUAUAGUAUAUACCUAUAUACAAGCAUACAUACAUAUAUUAUACAAACAUGACAUACACACAUAUAUAUAUAUUGAUAUAUUUUGUAUACCAAUCGUAACUAAAAGGCCAACAACUCCCCCAAUGGCUGAAACAACGACUGAAAACCAAACACACUCCAACAAUAGACACUCGAACAGAACAGAACAGAACAGAGCAAAGACAGGCAGCAGACCAACGUAUAAAUUCUCGGGUAAUGGGCAAUAUUGUGCUAGCCGCCUAGUGUGCUAACUGAUAAAGGUUCUAUUAUACAGAUAUACACAUAAAAUAGCUAUAGGCGCAUACACAUAUACUGUGUACGUACGACGCAUGUCGCAAAGAUUAAUGCUGCCCCAAAAUGCUGAAACAAUUCCAAAUCGAAAGUCCAAGUUGCAUUUAACUCGUAAACCCCUAUGGAACGACUGAACAAAUGACUCACAAAGUAUUCAAAAACACUGAACAUUCUGAUCUCCGGCCUCCACUCACAUGAUGAUGUGAUGAUGAUCGUUCGCCCACGCUCAGAGCUCUCUACAGAGGGUUCUACAGAGAGCAGGAGGCGGACGGGCGGGGGGAACACGGAGCUCCAUUUGAUAUGAUUAUAAAUGAUAUUUUGUAUUGAAGAACGGAUGGGAGAUGAAGUAAACCUAAACCUAAGCCUAGAUACCCAUAGAUCCCCCAGUAUCCCAAGCAAGCAUUUUGUAUUUAUUAGCCAUAUUCGAUUACAAUAAACACACACACAUA